CUAAGAGAGAGAGAGUGGCCGUUUCAACGGCCACCUCCACCUCAUCAUCAUCAAAAAAUAAUUAAAAAAAAAUUCAACACACUAAUCAAAAAUAAGAAAAUCAUUUCCUCUCAUUUUCUUUAAUUUUCCCUUCAUUCUUUCUCGGGAAAAUCUGAAAGAAAAAAUAAUUAUUUUAUUUUUGUUUUUCCCAUCGGCCUGCAUCAACCAUCGUCGUCGCCAUCUCCACCGCCGCUCUCUCUCCCUCUCAUUACGGUGGUUUUUGCAGGCUGAAAAGGUAAAUUAAUAGAUAGAAUCUGACUUAAAUUAAUGCAUUUUGUUUCGAUUUUUAAAAAUCUGUAAAUUGUAAAAAGUAAUCAACGUCAAUUCAGAUGCAUCAUAAUAUAUUUACUUCAAUGCGGAGUUUAAAAUUUAUAGAAGGAUGUAAAGGCACUCAGGUGUGGGCUCUUAAUCCGAACGGCCACUCCGCCGGCAGCGGCGGAGGUAGCUACGGUAGCGUCGGAGAGAAGUUUUUACAACAUCUUCAUGAUCUAAGAGUGAAUUCCGUUAGAGUAAAACCUAAUAAGUCACCGCCGCAACCGUCGCCUAAUCAAGUCAACAAUAAUGUGGCCGUUGAAAAUUUGUUACCGUCUGGUUUACCUGAUAUCGAUCUCAUCGAGCCGCAGAUCGAUCUGUGUCUUAGGUCUGUUGAUUUUGUUGAAUCCCUAGCUGAUGUGUAUCGGAAAAUUGAUAAUUGUCCUCAAUUUGAGAAACAUAAGGUGCAUUUGGAGCAAUGUGCUAUUUUCCGUGGUUUGGCGGAUCCUAAAUCGUUCCGGAGGGCUCUUCGUGUUACCAGACAACACGCGGUGGAUGUUCAUUGGAAAAUUGUGUUGGCGUCGUGGUUGAGGUAUGAGAGGAGAGAGGAUGAACUUAUUGACUUGUCUGCUAUGGAUUGCUGUGGUAGAAAUGUUGAAUGUCCUAAGGCUUGUUUGGUUUCUGGUUAUAAUCCUGAGGCGGUUAAUGAACGAUGUAUGUGUUCUAUGACAAGGUCUGGUAGAGGUAAUGAUGAAUUUGGUGCCGACUUAUUGAUUGGAGAUGAUGUGGAGGAAUGUUCCACUUCUGAUGAGGACUUUGAUAUGUCGUUUUGUUUUGGUGACGAUGAGGUUAGAUGUGUGAGGUAUAAUAUUGCUUCACUUUCAAGACCUUUUAAAGCAAUGUUGUAUGGGAAUUUUAAAGAGGCGAAGAGAGAGAUGAUAAAUUUCUCACAGAAUGGGAUAUCUGCUGAUGGAAUGAGAGCAUUAGAGGUUUAUAGCAGGACGAAGAGAUUAGUGUCUUUUGAUUUGUCCAUUGUUUUAGAGCUUCUUUCUUUGGCAAAUAAGUUUUGUUGCGAGGAAUUGAAGUCAGCUUGCGAUGAUCAUUUGGCAUCUCUGGUUAAUGAUAUGGAGGAUGCUGUGCUGCUUAUCGAGUAUGGAUUGGAGGAAACUGCAUAUCUUUUAGUGGCUGCUUGUUUACAAGUAUUUUUGAGAGAGCUUCCUGGUUCGCUGCAUAACUCCCUUGUGAUGAAAUUGUUUUGCAGUCCAGAGGGUAGGGAGAGGUUGUCCUUGGUUGGGCAUGCUUCUUUUUUGUUGUAUUUUUUCUUGUGCCAGAUUGUUUUGGAAGAAGACAUGAAAUCCAAUGCAACAGUGAUGCUUUUGGAGAGGCUUGGAGAGUGCGCGACUGAAGCUUGGCAGAAACAACUUGCGUAUCACCUAUUUGGUGUUGUGAUGCUUGAAAGGAAAGAAUAUAAAGAUGCUCAAAAUUGGUUUGAAGCAGCAGUUGAGGCAGGUCAUGUUUAUUCAUCUGUUGGAGUUGCAAGGGCCAGGUACAAACGUGGCCACAAAUUUUCUGCAUACAAGUUGAUGAAUCAACUGGUUUCUGAUUAUAAACCAGUGGGGUGGAUGUAUCAGGAAAGGUCUUUGUAUUGUGUUGGAAAGGAAAAGUUGAUGGAUUUGAAUACAGCAACUGAAUUAGAUCCAACUCUUAGUUAUCCAUACAAGUAUAGGUCUGUUUUAUUGGUGCAGGAGAAUAGAUUUGGAGCAGCAAUCUCAGAGCUCAACAAAAUAAUUGGCUUUAAGGUAUCUCCUGAUUGCCUUGAACUAAGAGCUUGGAUUUCAAUUGCCUUGGAGGAUUAUGAAGGAGCUCUAAUAGAUGUUCGGGCACUUUUGACUUUGGACCCAAAUUACAAGUUGUUUCAUGGGAAGAUGCAUGGCGACCGCUUAGUAGAACUUCUUUGCCCUCUUAUCCAGCAGUGGAGUCAAGCUGAUUGCUGGAUGCAAUUAUAUGAUAGGUGGUCCUCCGUUGAUGAUAUAGGCUCCUUAGCUGUAGUACACCAUAUGUUGGCAAAUGAUCCGGGGAAGAGCCUUCUUCGAUUUCGGCAGUCUCUCCUCCUUUUAAGGCUAAAUUGUCAGAAGGCUGCGAUGCGUAGUCUGCGAUUGGCUAGAAAUUAUUCUAGUUCUGAGCAUGAAAGACUUGUGUACGAAGGAUGGAUUUUGUAUGACACCGGGCUUCGUGAAGAAGCACUUGCCAAGGCUGAGUCGUCCAUUUCUAUUCAGAGAUCCUUUGAAGCUUUUUUCCUUAAGGCAUAUGCUUUAGCAGAUUCAAGUCUUGAUCCUGAGUCAUCAAUGUAUGUUAUAGAACUUUUGGAGGAAGCUCUUAGAUGCCCUUCAGAUGGCCUUCGGAAAGGACAGGCACUGAAUAAUCUUGGAAGCGUUUAUGUUGAUUGUGAUAAGCUGGAUCUUGCUGCUGAUUGUUACAUGAAUGCACUCAAUAUAAAGCAUACUAGAGCACAUCAGGGUCUCGCACGUGUAUAUCACCUCAAAAAUCAACGUAAAGCUGCAUAUGAUGAGAUGACAAAACUGAUAGAGAAAGCCAGGAAUAAUGCAUCUGCUUAUGAGAAGCGUUCUGAGUAUUGUGAUCGUGACAUGGCAAAGGGUGAUCUUAGUAUGGCAACGCUGCUAGAUCCUUUGAGGACAUACCCUUACAGAUACAGGGCAGCCGUGUUGAUGGAUGACCACAAAGAAGCGGAUGCCAUCCAAGAGCUUUCAAAGGCCAUAGCUUUCAAGCCAGAUUUGCAGCUAUUACAUCUUCGAGCUGCAUUCUAUGACUCGAUGGGCGACAAUAUCUCCACCCUUCGAGACUGUGAAGCUGCUCUUUGUCUUGAUGUCAACCACAUUGAUACCAUUGAGCUUUAUAAUAAGGCAAGGGGCCGCACAGAUGAACUCCAAAAAUGACAAUACCAACACCCAUAUUGGCAAAUACAUUCUCAAAACUGCGCUAUCAUAAUUGCCCGCGCUCUUCUAUAUGUUCUUUUUGAGCACAAGAAAGGCCAGUGAUUGUCCAGGCAAGUCGUCUUUAUGGAUUUUCUCAUCAUUACGACGCAGAUAUGCUGGGGCAUUUUAUAGGAAAUGAAAGGAGAUUUCUGUUUGUUUGUUCGUUUAUCUUGUGGAGAAGAAGAAAAGCAUAAUAGAGAGUGAGAUAGCAUGUAAAUAUAUUUAUGUAUUCCGAUGAAUGUAUAAUGUAUAAUUUAAGUGGUGCAGAUUGCUUCUGCUGCUGCUCCUCGACGUUCCACGUCAGCAAAAGAUUGUAAUAGAUAUACCUGUCACAAUAGAAGUACCAGAGUCACAGUGAUGUACCGUAACUUUUCUGAUACUCUGUUCUUUGUAAUGAUUUACGAGCUUCACAA